UGCGAUUCGUGCGGGGAAUCUCUUGUGUCCGUUUGUUAUUGCCGUUUCGGAGUGUGUGAAGAGAAAUAAAAAAUAAUAAAUCGUCACUGAAUAAACCGCAAAAUUACAAUCGCUAAAUAUUUAUGAAAUUGUGGAACCAUGUGACAAGUUUUAUAACCAAACAUUGUGCUUUUAUAUUUUCACAUUUUGUUUUUCUCAUCUACUCCUUUUUGGUGAAAUAGUGGGAGUAUUUCUCUUGGGUUUUUUUUUAUUAGUGUGUCGAGUGCUAUGAUAUUUGAGUCAUCGGGGCCGAUUGAAAUCGAGGCUAGUGAAAAUUUUUCUUUCGGAGCAACGUGCGUCCAUGGCACAAGAUGCAUGGGUAUCCGGACGUCACAGCGAGUCAUUGAUCGUGGGUGGUGAAAGAUGAAAAUACCUAGUUUCUCGUUCUCACCGUGACGCAUCUCAGUGGAUUAUAUUUAAAGGUCAUAUCCCGCAAAACUCCUGAGUGAAUCUUUUAAUAGAAAUUGAUGAGAAUUUAAAAUAUGGGGUGAUAAAAAAUCAUGAAAAUUGAGACAUUCGAGAGACUCAACAAAAAUACGUAAAUAAAUUUUAAAAAACUGGUGGGCAAUGAACUUGCCGGUAGUGAACUGGCAACGAAUUGCCAGGAGUGUUAUCAAUCGUGCACCCUCAUGAUUAUUGUGCUUUGAACACGGCGCAAUAUAAAUAGUGAUAUUGAAAAAAAAUAUCCGCAAUGACGCGGUACACGCGAAUUUAUUUAAGGAUGUCGGAGACAUCUAAAGUUCGUGUAAAGUUUCGUGAUUGAAGUUUAAGUUUUAAUCUUCAUGAGUAUCAGCGAAUCAAUUGAUUAACGUAGCUAUUGAAUCGCCAGUUUCAUUGGAAAAUGGAGUCUUCCCGGGUGACCAUUGGCUGUCCAGAUUGCCUGAAUCGUCUGGUAUUGUCGACGUCCACCACCAGGUGUUCACUCUGUGAACGUCUUCAGGGUAAUAAUACCACUGAGUCUGAUGAGAUGACGUAUAAAUUACCAGAUAAUGUGGGAAUUUAUGACGAGGGUAAUAUGAGUCGUGAACGAAUGAAGUGUCAGGGUUUUGCGAGAACAGUGAGGACGCGUUCUGGAGAUUCACGUGGUGCAUCGAGUGUUGUACGAUGGCCAGGCUCCCGUGACAAUUAUUUCAGUCUUCUCAAUGUCAUCGUCGUUGUUUUGCUGAUUGCAUUUGUUAAUGUGACAGUUGCCGAAUUGAAACUACCAACCAUUGGAAAAUCAACGAAUUCCUCCAAAAAUGGUGUGUGCCAAAGCAUAGACAUAAGGAAUCACGUGGAUCAAUUUUCAAGACUAAGGGGAUGUCGUGUGGUAGAAGGUUUUGUACAAAUUCUACUUAUAGACCACGCUAAUGAAACGGCCUACAUAAAUCAAACAUUUCCGGAGUUGGUUGAGAUCACUGGAUACCUUGUGUUGUACAGAGUAAAUGGUCUGAAGAGCAUUGGUCGACUGUUUCCCAACUUGGCGGUAAUUCGUGGUAACUCCCUGUUUAUAGACUAUGCCCUCGUAGCGUUUGAGAUGAUGCAUCUGCAGGAAAUUGGCCUACAUUCACUCACCGACAUACUGCGUGGUGGAGUAAGAUUUGAGAAGAAUCCAGCGCUGUGUUACGCUGACACUAUUGACUGGAACAUGAUUCUCAAGGACAAAGACAAGGAGAUAAAAGACAUUGCGCACAUUGGAGGAAAUAAACCAAGAAAUGGCUGUCCGGUUUGCGAUAGGCACUGUCCAGCCCGACAGACGAAUAAAGACGAGACACUCUGUUGGAACAGACAACACUGCCAGAAAGUUUGCGAUAAAGCUUGUGGAGACCGUACCUGCGCCGCUCACGAUCCCUCAAUCUGCUGUCACCCCUCAUGCCUGGGUGGUUGUAACGGUGGUUCAUCCGCUGAGAAUUGCACAGUGUGCAAGGACGUGUUUGUAAACGGCAGCUGCAACCAAAAUUGUCCAGCAGGCACCUACAAGUUCAUGAAACGUCGUUGCAUCGAGGAGAGCGAGUGUCGAAAGAUGAAGAAGCCACGUGAGGCAUACAACAACAUAAAAGACUACCCCUACAAGCCCUUCAACAACACCUGCCUCAUAGACUGUCCUCCUGGCUUCAUGGAGGAGGAGCGUGACGGUAGGCAAACGUGCAAGAAGUGCGAUGGCCUCUGUCUGAAGGAAUGCUCAGGUGCAAAUGUAGACAGUAUUGCCUCAGCUCAGAAGCUCAGUGGAUGUACCCACAUUAAAGGCAGCUUGGAGAUUCAAAUACGUGGGGGAAAGAACAUAGUGAAAGAGCUGGAGGAGAGCCUCAGUAUGAUUGAGGAAAUUGACGGUUACCUGAAGAUAGUCCGAAGCUUCCCCCUGAUAUCCCUCAACUUCCUGAAAAAUUUGCGCAGCAUAAAGGGCCAAUACUUGGAUAAUGGAAAGUACACGUUAGCCGUGCUGGACAAUCAAAAUUUGCAGGAGCUCUGGAACUGGGAGACUCAUCCAGGAAUAAAAAUCGGCCCUGGUGAUGAUAACGCCAAGGUGUUCUUCCAUUUCAACCCGAAGCUUUGCUUCCAAAAGAUCGAGGCGCUGCGUCAAAAAGCCGGUCUCAAGGAAUUCACGGAUUUGGAAGUGGCCCCCAACAGCAAUGGCGAUAAAGUUGCGUGUAAUGUAACCGAGUUGAAGACAUUUGUGGCUAAGAGAACGUCAGAGGCAGCUUUGAUAAACUGGGAGCCCUUUCAACAUCAUGAUCCCCGAUCACUCCUUGGCUACGUUGUUUACUUCAUCGAAGCACCCUAUCAGAAUGUCACCAUGUAUGACGGCAGGGACGCAUGUGGUGGCGAUCGUUGGCGUGUUGAUGAUGUAGCUGCCACAGAUGCCACUGUAGCCUUAUUAACACACAUACUCACACAAUUGAAACCGUACACUCAGUACGCUUACUACGUGAAAACGUAUACCAUUGCUACUGAGCGCUCUGGAGCCCAGAGCAAGCUCACGUACUUCACGACACUGCCAAGUCCCCCGGAUCCCCCUCGUGUCCUUCUGACGUGGAGCAACUCCAGCAGUGAAUUGAUCAUUCACUGGACCGAGCCGACAAAUUCAAAUGGCAAUCUAACGCAUUAUCGUAUCGUCGGCAAGUGGGAGCCGGAUGAUCCGACAUUUCUUGCACAGAGAAAUUACUGCAAGGAACCUAUGCAUUUACCUGAGAAGAGAACAGAAGCGGAACGAGUUGAGGAGGAGCGUAAGCGCGCUGAGACCGAGCGUGAGCUCACAAAACUCCCGGAGCAGGCAGUGUGUGACUGUGCUGAUCGAGAGUCUGAUCAACUGAUGAGGGAGAAGGAGGUGUCGAGUUCCAUUGCCUUCGAGGAUGCCCUGCACAAUCGAGUGUACGUCAAGAGGAUUAAUAAUCGAAGAAAGAGGAAUACUAAUGGCUUCUCGAGUAUUGGGAACCCUGAGGAUUCCAUCUACGAUGAAUUUUUCGGCGUUGUUGUUGAUGGCUCGAACGUCAAGACUGAUUUUAGUGAUGGAUUGGUCAGUACUGUGCGCAAACGUGCAGCUGAACCUCCGGGUAACCAACAACCAGCGCCUGACAAAUUUCUCAAUGGUGGAAUUAUCUCGUUUGAGCGCCGUGUGCCCAGCGACAACAAGUCCUUCGUCAUGAGAAAUUUACGAAAUUUCGCUGCUUACAAUAUCGAGAUUCAGGCGUGUCGUCAGCAAGUGGCUAAUGAAACUGAUCUCUGCUCGACUAAAACAAUGCGAACAUAUCGUACACUUCAGCUCGAGGGGGCUGAUGAUAUACCAGCGGGCUCAUUCAAAUACCAACUAAUAGGUGGUAACAAUAGCCAGCAAAUGGUGAAACUCGAGUGGGACGAGCCGAAACAGCCGAAUGGUAUCAUUGUUACUUAUCACAUUGAGUACAAACGCAUUGAUAUUCAGAAUUUUCAGGCAACACCGAUCUGCAUAACUCAGCGUGACUUUGCCGCUGCUGGCAAGUCUUAUGUACUGAAGGAUCUUGCGAGUGGUAAUUAUUCGGUGAAGGUGAGGGCCACCAGUCUUGCCGGGGCUGGUGCUGACUCUGAGACACAGUACUUUUAUGUGGCUGAGUACAAUCCCAAUGGAACUCUUGGGACUAUCCUUUGGUGUGUGUUCGCCAUAAUUGUCGUUGUGUUCUUCAGUUCCGUGUGGCUAUGCAAGCGAAAACUCAUGCGCAAUAUGCCCAGUAGGCUCAUUGCCACUGUCAAUCCUGAAUAUGUUAGCACAGUUUAUGUGCCGGACGAGUGGGAAAUGCCGAGGAAGAAAAUUCGAUUGUUGAGGGAACUUGGUAAUGGCUCGUUUGGAAUGGUUUACGAGGGCCUUGCCAAGGAUGUUGUCAAGGGUAGACCAGAAGUAAAGUGUGCUGUUAAAACAGUCAAUGAGAAUGCCACUGAUCGGGAGAGAAUUGAAUUUCUCAAUGAGGCGUCUGUUAUGAAGGCCUUCAACACUCAUCAUGUUGUUAGGCUACUUGGUGUUGUGUCACGUGGUCAGCCUACUCUCGUUGUUAUGGAAUUGAUGGUGAAUGGGGAUUUAAAGACUUAUUUGAGGAGUCAUAGGCCGGAUCAGUGUGACAGUAUGACUCAUUUGUCGAGGCAGCCACCUACGUUGAAGCGGAUAUUGAGAAUGGCUACUGAGAUUGCCGAUGGAAUGGCUUAUCUGUCUGCGAAGAAGUUUGUUCAUCGAGAUUUGGCAGCACGUAAUUGCAUGGUUGCUGAGGAUUUGACGGUGAAAAUUGGAGAUUUUGGGAUGACUAGGGAUAUUUAUGAGACUGAUUACUAUCGGAAGGGGACCAAGGGACUACUUCCGGUUAGGUGGAUGGCACCGGAGAGUCUCAAGGAUGGUGUUUUCACGAGCUCUUCGGAUGUAUGGAGUUAUGGCGUUGUACUGUGGGAAAUGGUUACCCUCGCGUCGCAACCGUAUCAGGGUCUUUCUAAUGACCAGGUAUUGAGGUAUGUCAUUGACGGAGGGGUGAUGGAACGACCCGAGAACUGCCCGGAUUCUCUCUACAUUCAAAUGAGGCGGACUUGGAAUCAAAAAGUCAAUAAAAGGCCGACAUUCAUCGACAUUGUCACGAUGUUGCUGCAAGAGGUGGAACUUGAGGGUUUCUCGGAGGUCAGCUUUUACCACAGCCCAGAUGGAAUCGAGGCGAGAAAUCAAAAUAGUCAGAACUCCCCGGGGAUCGACAAGGAUUUCGAACUAUCUCUCCAAGAACUUCGUGAGGACGAGGUCGAAGGCGAUGAGGACUACCCCCUGCGUCGUGAUUUCGGUGAUUUUGCUAGCAUAGAGCCAACAUGUUUGAGAAACAGUGCAAAUUCGCGAUACAGCUCUGGUCCAUACGGUGAAAAUUCGAAACUAGUAACAAACUUUCGCGACUUUAAUUCCACAAAAGUACCCCUAAAAGCCGGCUUCGAUGAUUUUGACGGUGUGUCCGGUGGUUCCUUAAGCUCAAGCAAAGAUACCCUUGAUUUUCCAUUCGUCGAGGACAGCCUGAAGUCAGUUAAAACUUCACCGUCCAUUUUAAAGAACAGUUGUACCCCGCGCAACAGUGUCAGUCCGGCCUCUGGUAAAAAUUCAUUGAGCCCACAAAAUAGAAAUGCAUCGUUGAAUAGCAAUCGUGGACGAAAUAUGUUGCAAGUUAAAACUCCCGAUUAUGAAAAUCGCAGUCCUGAGGCGGUAUCGUCGAUCGAGAAUAAAGACACUGUCUCCCUGAAAAUAACAUUUCCAACGCCUGUUGAGGUCGAGGCUGAUGUAAUAUCCAACGACGAUAAAGAUAAAUCGCCAGUCGAUUAUUCGAAAAAACCAGAGAAUCUUAAUAACGGUUAUAUCGGUGGUACAACAACGUAGUCCUUGAGAAUUCUACGGAAUUCAACAUUGAGGAGUGUGAGGAGCUUUUAUACAAAUCCCCUAGAGUUUCGAAUGACAAAAUCAUUGACAUCGUAAUGUUCAUCAGUGAAAAUAAUCACCAUACGUGUGGUUAGAUUUUUAUUUAACAUCAUCCUAGACUGAAUCAUAGCUUUUCGAUAAUGAUUAACAAAUUUCGUAUACAUUUUGUGAUUUCUCCAUGAUAUGUUAUAGAAUUACCGUGAUGGUAUUUAAAAUUGUCCAUGCAAUUUCAAUUUAUCCCAGUGAAAUUAAUCACAUUUUCGUAAAUUCUAUGCAAGAAAAACAAGUUGAAAGGGCGCUAGGACUCAACCUUACGCUUAGCGGUACUAACUGAUAACUCAUCGUUUGAAAUAAAUUACGUAGGAGGCUAGCUGCUUUUUUUAAGAGAAAAAGAUAAACAUUGCGAUAAAAAGUUCAGGCUUCAGAAAUAAUAAGUGACGUAAGAUAUUACUUUUCUAAGGUCAAUAUUUCGUUCGUUAUCAAUAUCUCAUGGAAAAAUCAUUAAUAUUCAUUUGAAGCAGCCUUUACCAUGCUGAUACUAUUAUUGUUUAAUGAUCAAAACAAAUCCAAGAAUGAUAAUUUAUUAUUCAAGAAUUUAAUUGAAAACAGAAGAAAUAUGCUUUUAAUUAUUAAUAUAUGAGAGCAUACAGACUGUAUUUUUAACCCAGUGAGAGUCAAGAUUGAUUAACGGACAAAUGAAAUACUGACCCUCUCCCUCUCCCAAUUUUAAUGAUGAAUAAAUCAUUUGAAAAUCAGAAACGAACUGAGAAAAAAAUAAUAAUAUAAUGAAAGAUAGAAAAGGUGAAGAUGUACAUACGAGCAACGCAAUACAGUUGAAACUAGAUAUAAUGAGCCUCAAAUACAAGACUGAUUAGCUAAUCCCCUCCCCUCUGCCCCUCUCCCUGUAAAAUCUCAUCGUAAUCCUCUCCUUCCCAGUAAGUGAAAAGAAAAACGAAAACAAUACGAAUAGUUCCACAAUGUUUUUGUUCAUUGUUCAUGCGUUAAUGAAAAAAUGCCAUCCUUAUUUUUUUCUUCUCAUUCACUUCGCAACAUGCCCGCUUUGAGUAUAAAAAAAAACAAACAACAUAUUUUUUAGCAAAUAAUGGUAAUUAAUUCUAGUACCAGUGACCUAAUAGAAAGUACCUACAUUUAUUUUUAACGCUUUACACGUUAUUACAUCGUAAAAACCAAUACGUUGAAAAAGAAUUUAAUUAACAAAAACCAGUUGACCGAUAAAGCCGGUGAAGGAAGUGAAAAUUUGAACGAAGAAAAAACAUUUUUUUGUACAGAAUAUAAACGUAAACGUAUCAAUUGUAACAAAGUAAUGAAAAAAAAGGAAGGAAAAACUAAUAAAUAGGAAAAUGAAAAAUGUAAAUCUUUUAGUAAUUAGUCCACAAUUCAUCCUAGAAAUUUUUUUGUAGCAAGAAAAAUGAGAAAAUCAUUAGGCAGGAGGAAAGUGAAGUGGGAAAAAAGUUGAUAGUUAUUCAUAGCUUAGCUCUCUCUUGAUCGAUACAAAUCUAUUUCGAUAAUUGAGGUACUUCUCUCUGUCAUCUUAAUUUUAAUUUCUCAUCUUUGAUUCUACUUGAUGUAUCAUGAUCAUUUUGCCUGCUUCCCUUUCACAGUUGAACUCACACUCUACUGCCUCAUGUCAGUGCCAAUUCUACGAAAAUCCACACAAACGCGUUAACACUCGAAAUACAGAAGGGAAAAAAAAUUGAAAAAUUCUUAAACUGGAGAGAUAACAAUACCACUAACGAAAUGUAUUACACGUUACCCGCAUAAAAUGCAAAAACAACAGUUUUUCCAUGAAAAAUUUUAUGAACUCAGACUUUUCGGCGUCAGUCGCAUACUCAAUGUAUUAUGUAAAAUAGUUUUAAAAACCAAAAGCCUCGCUCGUAUUUUCAAGUAUUCAAUUGACUAGUAAAAAUUUCGAAAGAUAGGAGGAAAACAAAAGUUAUUGCUUAGACUAUUGAGGUAUUAAACAUAUAUCCAUACACUAAAGACGAGAAUUAUUGGAUCGAUAUCAAGAGAGCUGGACAUGUCGAAAGAGCAACGUUUGGACUUUCCUAUUCUAAAAAAAACAUACACUUAAAGUCGAUAACUAUCGAUGUCUCGAAUGU